CGCUGCACGAAGCUGUUAGUUUGAUAGUGUGAAGGAGGGGACGCGCCAGAGAUGUCUGCCAAGGCUCCAGCUGUGGGAAUUGACUUGGGCACCACAUACUCGUGUGUAGGGGUGUUCCAGCACGGGAAAGUCGAGAUCAUUGCUAACGAACAAGGCAACCGAACCACCCCAAGUUAUGUGGCUUUUACCGACACCGAACGGCUGAUUGGGGAUGCGGCCAGAAACCAAGUGGCCUUAAACCCGACCAACACUAUAUUCGAUGCCAAACGGCUGAUCGGACGCAGGUUCGACGACCCCACGGUACAGUCCGACAUGAAGCACUGGCCAUUCACCGUGGUGAGCGACGGGGGGAAGCCCAAAGUCAAGGUGGAGUACAAAGGCGAGGCGAAGACGUUCUUCCCGGAGGAGAUCUCCUCUAUGGUGCUGAUCAAGAUGAAGGAGGUGGCGGAGGCAUACCUGGGAGCCAAGGUGCCCGACGCGGUCAUCACGGUGCCGGCUUACUUCAACGACUCGCAGCGACAGGCCACUAAAGACGCGGGCAUCAUCGCCGGCAUCAACGUGUUGAGGAUCAUUAACGAGCCCACGGCGGCGGCCAUCGCAUACGGACUGGACAAGAAGAGCGCCGGCCUCGGGGAGACCAACGUGCUCAUCUUCGACCUGGGCGGCGGCACGUUCGAUGUGUCGGUUCUCACCAUAGACGGUGGGAUAUUUGAGGUGAAAUCCACUGCCGGGGACACUCACUUGGGUGGGGAGGACUUCGACAACCGCAUGGUGGCGCACUUCCUGGACGAGUUUAAGCGCAAGAACAAGAAGGACAUCAGCGGCAACAAGCGGGCAGUGAGGCGCCUGAGGACCGCGUGUGAGAGAGCCAAGCGCACCCUUUCCUCCAGCACACAAGCCAGCCUGGAGAUAGACUCCCUGUACGAGGGCACCGACUUCUACACGUCCAUCACCAGGGCGCGCUUCGAGGAGCUGUGCGCGGAUCUGUUCCGCGGGACCCUGGAGCCAGUGGAGAAGGCGCUGCGGGACGCCAAGCUGGACAAGGGGCAGAUACGGGAGAUUGUGUUGGUGGGCGGCUCCAUCCGCAUCCCGAAGAUCCAGAAACUCCUGCAGGACUUUUUCAAUGGCCGAGAACUCAACAAGAGCAUCAAUCCGGACGAGGCGGUGGCUUAUGGCGCUGCGGUUCAAGCGGCGAUCCUCAGCGGCGACAAGUCGCACAAUGUGCAGGAUCUGCUGCUGCUGGAUGUCGCCCCGCUCUCUCUGGGCAUCGAGACUGCCGGGGGCGUGAUGACGCCGCUCAUCAAGAGGAACACCACUAUCCCCAGCAAGCAGACCCAGACCUUCACCACCUACUCGGACAAUCAGAGCAGCGUGCUGGUGCAGGUGUAUGAGGGCGAGAGAGCCAUGACCCGGGAUAACAAUCUGCUGGGCAAGUUCGAUCUCACUGGCAUCCCCCCGGCUCCACGAGGAGUGCCCCAGAUAGAGGUGACCUUUGAUAUUGAUGCUAAUGGCAUUCUUAACGUGACGGCGGCUGACAAAAGUACAGGGAAAGAAAACAAGAUCACCAUCACAAACGACAAGGGUCGCCUUAGCAAAGAGGAUAUUGAACGUAUGGUAAAUGAUGCUGACAAGUAUAAAGCUGAAGAUGAGGUCAACCGGGAGAGAGUAGCAGCCAAAAAUGGACUUGAGUCUUAUACUUACCAUGUAAAGCAAACCGCUGAGGAUGAAAAGCUGAAAGGCAAAUUGAGUGAAAAGGAAAAAUCUCAGAUUCUAGACAAGUGCAAGGAGGUAAUCGACUGGCUGGAUAAGAACCAGAUGGCUGAGAAAGAUGAAUUUGAGCAUAAGCAGAAAGAGCUGGAAAAAGUCUGCAAUCCAAUCAUCACCAAACUGUAUCAAGGGGGUGCGCCUAACCCUGGCACUACAGCAGGGGGACCCACCAUUGAAGAAGUAGACUAGCUACAUGGGAUACAAUGAAUAGUUAUAUGUUUAUAUGAUUACAUCUGUUCUUAAAAAAAGUGUUUUAAAGUGAUGGAAAUAUAAUGUAGUGUUGCCCGGCAUUGGUAAAACUGGUGUAUUAGCUUCAGAAAAUCUACUAUAGUUUAUAUAAACAAGCUGCUGUGUAGCAAUGGGGGCAGCCAUUGAAGCUGGAGAAAAGGCACAGGAUACACAGCAGAUAACAGAUAAGCUCUGUAGUAUACAAUGAGAUUCUUCAGAUCUGUUAUCUAUUGUGUAUCCUGUGCUUGAAUGGCUGCCUCCAUGUUUAUAAAAGCUAUGGAUUUGUUUCUAAAGCAAACACACCAGAUUUACCAGUGUAGGGCAACAGUACAUUAUAUUUUAUCUCCUUUAAGCCACUUUAAUUUUUUGGUGUUACUGUUCCUUUUACAAAUGUUUUGGUUUGUGUGUCAUUUAACAUUAGCAAUAUUGAUGCUAGAGCUCAUGCAGCUGUUAAAAGUCUGAACUCUGUUUUGGGUAUUUAAGAAGAAAAGAUAAAAUCUAGACCAAAUGCUAGCCAGUGACUAUAAUGAAUUACAUGAGAACUGGUGCUCUUGUUUCCUGAAAACUGCACCAGUCCAGGGUACUGAUGUAGGAGCACCAUGUUGCAAUUUUUUCCACUCUCCACUCUUUGCUGUGGCUCUGGACUAAGUACAUGCACAGUAGAAUGAAAGCUGACUGCUUCUGAGUUCUGCUUUUCACUCUAUUGUGCACCUGGACUGGGCUGUAGAGGAACGAUGAAGAAUAUGACCGUGUGGUGCUCUUACAGUAGUAGCCUCCGGCCAGUGCACCAGCCCAGGGUCUCAGGUAAGUGAUUAUAAUCACUGGGGGGGGGGGGUACCUAACAUUUUAGCACCCUUAGAGACUAUAUCUCACGGAACCUACAUAAGAUAAAGAUUUGGGACACUUGGUGGAAUAUUCUGCAAGGUUUGAAAAUAACUGUUAUGCCCAAAGGAAACUAGUAGAAACUAGUAAACAGUCCUUUACCUAUUCACUCAAAAAACAUGCACUUGUCCCCAAGGCUUGCACUCUGGCAUUCACAAAGACUAGCGUUGCAGCGAUUUACAAACAGAUUCAGUUAUGCCAGGAGCUGUGACCCACAGAAAUACAUUCAAUAUUUACUGCAUUAGUCAAAUGAAGAUCAAAACUAACUUCACCAGUUGCUGUUACAGCCCCUGCCAAGAAUAUCCAUGCGUGAUAUUGUCAGUGUGCAUUGCAGAACGAAUCUUGUUUAUCAUAUAAAUCAUCUGAGAUUUUGAGUAAAAGCAGGUUGGUUGUCAGUUAAAGCUGAUGCCUAAUACUCAUAGCAGCACUUAUUUGCCCCCCCCCCCCAAUAAAAAUCUAAAGGGCUUGUAACGUCUGUGCAGUUUCUAAACCUCCAGACCAACAUGAUGUUAAACCCUGUUUAUUAUAUUUAAUGUUAUACAGCUCAUCUAUAGCAAAUUUUAUUUUUGACAACUGUUCACAUCCUCUGUCAUUUGACAGCCUUUGCUGUUAUUGGCACUUAAAAUAUACAAUUAUAUAAUAUACAAGUGUAAAGUAAAACAAUUAAAUGAUAUCCUUGUAUCUUAUAGACACAUCACCUGCAAAUGCCUGCAGAAUCACAUACUGCUCCAGUGCUGAUUUCCAUUUUUUAAAUCAAAAAUAUUGAUUAAAUAUAAAGAGCUAGUUGUAACAUAUUACUAUUUAUACAAAGCUGUACUAAGCUUCUCGACCCUCACAAACAAGCCGUUUUGGAAAGUAGUUGGAAGUAUUUUUUCUGCAUUCUUUAUCAUGUUGACAAAACUCCUUGGUGACUAUAAGGGGCCCAUUUACUAAGGGUCGAAGUGAAUUUUCGAAUUCAAAAACUUAGAAUUUCAAAGUGAUUUUUCGGUACUUCAACCAUCGAAUAGGCCAAAAUUCGAUUCGAAUUGAAAAAACUUCGACUUCGACACUUCGCCACCUUAAACCUGACGAAUUGCUAUGUUAGCCUAUGGGGACCUCCUAAAAACUUAGCCAAAUACUAGCUAUAGGUUCUAGAAGUCAAUUUUUUUUUAAAAAUCAUUCGAUCAAGUGAUUAAAUUGUUCGAUUUGAAUUCGAUCGAAAAUGGCUAAAUUCAAU